CCCAUCUCCUUAAAUUUCUUUCACCUUUUUUAUUUUUUGAGAAGUUUCUCCUUAUUUAUUAUUUUCUCUGAAUGAGAAGUUUCUGCUUAAAUUUCUCCUUGUACUGCCUCUUUCAGGCUUUCUCUGUCCAAGACUUUGCUUUUAUUAUGCCUCUCUCUCCCCCCUCUCUCUCUCUCUAGGCUGUGACACUGUCCAGCAGGAUUUCUGAGCUAAAAAGACAGGAAGGGUUGAACAAACAAAAGCCCAAAUUCAAUAAAAGUUGGGUCUGUAAAGCUUGAAUGGAGGGCAAAGUACCAAAAGUAGCUCAGAAUCUGAAUUGGGUAUCUUACGCUUGUCACUUUUAGCUGGCCUCUCCUGCUCAAAGCUGGGUUUCUGCUCUGACUAGGGUUUGAAUGGGUAUUUAUUAUGCUGAAAUCGAUGUUUUAUUUUUGUACAAUUGACUGCUUCCACACACCUUUUCUCAGCUCUCCUUUGAACUAUCUUUUUUAGUUUCUAUUUCCUGGUUGGGCAUCCUUCGUGUAAUUUGGUACUUCCAAGUUCCGUGGUAGCUUUGGAAACGGUAGCUUUUAAAGUUAUGCGAUCUUUACUGCUUUUUCAGUGCUUUUGCGUUUUUGAGCUCACAUUCUUGAGUCUUUCUUGUUCUUUUCUUUCUGGGUCUUCUUCUAAGCUGUUUCCUUCUUGUUAGUUUCACUUGCUUGAUAUUCUCUCUUCUGGAUGGAUUGAGCUUUUGGGGAAUAUCUGAAGAUCAAUGUGAAGAUUUUUUUAUUGUAGGUUUCGAAUUACAUGAUUUUAAUUGAAGCCAGUUUGUAUGGUUGUUAGUGAAUAUUAAUUCGAGAUUGAUUAGUUCUCCAUCAGAUUUGAUUUUUUUCCCCUUCUGCUCCCCCUACCUUCUUGGCUUUGGUCUUUGGUUCGUCUAGGAUUGGGCAACUAGCCUCUUACUCAGGUGGUCAAGUGCCGAAAUUUUUGUUAGAUUUUCCAAUUUCUGGCUGUUUGAAAUUCAUUGGAAGAAAAAGGCAUUUGCCACUGGGGAUUUGAGUUAGAAAAUAGGAGACAUUUUCUAAACAAGAAAAAGGCAGUCCUGUAAGGGAAGUAGAUAUGGGUGACAAAGAUAAAUUUGAGUUAGAAAAUAGGAACGAGGAUCCAAUGAACUAUGCACCUAGUGUGUCAGACUGGGGAUUUGGCGGUGCCAAUCUCACGAAUACAUCUAUCGGUUUGGUUCCCAAGGUAAAUCCGAUGGCUGUUAGCAAAGGAGACCUUAUUGGAUCUUCUUCUUGUUCAUCUACUUCAAUGGUGGAUGCAUUUGGCCCAACCAUUUGGGACCACCACACCAAUUCAGAAAACCUGGGAUUUUGUGACAAUGGUGUCCAGAAAAAUACGUCAGACACGUUUGGGAUUAGAAAAGGCGAUCCUGUCGCCCUAAGAAGUAUUGAUAAAACAUUUGAUAUGGGUUGGAAUCCUACGAGUUCAAUGUUGAAAGGAGACAUUUUCUUGCCAAAUGCACCUGCAAUGCUUCCGCAGAGGUUACCUCAGUUCCCUGCGGAUUCUGCGUUCAUUGAGCGUGCUGCUAGGUUCUCAUGCUUCAAUGGUGGGAAUUUUAGUGAUAUGUUUAAUCCUUUUGCGGUUCCUGAAUCUAUGGGCCUUUAUUCUGGGGCCGGAGGGGUGAUGCAAGGGACGCAGGAGGCUUUUGCUGGGAGUGGGUUGAAAUCAGUGUCUGGCGGGCAGUCUAAAAAGAAUGAACCGAGUGUUGGUGAAGUUUCCAAGGAUGUUUCUUUGUCUGUUGAGCAUGGGGCUGCUGGAGGGAGCCCACCAAAGGAUGAGAGAAGUCAGAGCCAUGUGAGAUCUCAUGACGAAUCUAAACAACGCAGUGGUGGGUCUGGUAAUGAUUCUGAUGAAGCCGAGCUUAGCGGUGCUGGUGAUCAAGAUGAGCCAUCUGUGUUGGAGGGUGCAGGUCGGGAACCUUUUGCUAAGGGACUUGACUCGAGGAAAAGGAAAAGGAAUGGCCAGGAUGCUAAACUUGAUCCAGCCAAAGGAGCUGCACAGCAGUCUGGUGAAUGUGCGAAGGAUAAGACUGAAAUUCAACAGACGGGAGACCAAAACCCAACCUCAACUACUAACAGGAGCUCUGGGAAACAUGGUAAACAGGGUUCUCAAGCUUCAGAUCCACCAAAAGAAGAGUACAUUCAUGUCAGAGCUCGAAGGGGCCAGGCAACUAAUAGUCAUAGUCUCGCAGAAAGAGUAAGAAGAGAAAAAAUCAGUGAACGGAUGAAGUUUCUUCAAGACCUUGUACCUGGUUGCAGCAAGGUCACUGGUAAAGCGGUGAUGCUGGACGAAAUCAUUAACUAUGUACAGUCACUGCAACGACAGGUUGAGUUUUUGUCGAUGAAACUUGCUACUGUCAAUCCACGGCUAGAUUUUAAUGUCGAAGGGCUCCUGGCAAAAGAUAUCCUUCCGUCACGAGUGGCCACUUCAUCUACUCUGGGAUUUUCACCUGAUAUUCCAAUGGCUUAUCCUCCGUUGCACCCAUCUCAACGAGGACUUAUUCAAGCUGGUCUUCCUGGCAUGGGAAGCUCAUCUGAUUUACUUCAAAGAACCAUUCAUUCUCAAUUGACAUCCAUGGCUGGAGGAUUCAAGGAGCCCACACAGCUACCUAAUGUCUGGGAUGAUGAGCUCCACAAUGUUAUCCAGAUGAGCUAUGGAACCAGUGCUCCUUCCAAUACCCAAGAUGAAGAUGGGUCCUUGCCAUCUGGCCAGAUGAAAGUUGAACUUUGAUUAGCUUUUGGAUUUCAUUAUAGUAUUAUGGCCUGGUGUAUGCCCGUGCAGCUUCUUACAUCUCAAGCCUCAAGGAAAUAACAAAGCUCAAGAGGUUUCCUCUUCCAUGGAAAAAGAUUUAACACCAUCCAUAUUCGGCUCAAGUUGUGUAGUAAAAUGAGAUGCUAGCCUGGGUAGAAGCUUGAAGGAACUGUCACAUGAUCCAAAGAGAGAUUUUUCUAUAGCUUUGCAGAUUCUCGGAGAUAUUAUGCAGCAGCAGAAGCCACUGUUGUUUCUUUUGUAGUGGCUUUAAACACUAAACAUCCAGACGAGAAUCCAAUCUUCACAAGAAUGAAUUGGUUUGUGAAUCAAGGGUGUACAGUAGUAAAGUUAAAAAACCUCAGUCGACAGGCCAAGGGGGAGGGAGACACUCUUAUGUGGGGGCAAUUUUUUCUAGUCUUCUUAUGAAAUUUGAAGGGUGCAUUUUACCAGAAGAUUGCAGGGGAAAUCCUGGUAAUGUUUUCUCCAGUUUAGGUUUGUUUUAAUCCAUAUACUAACAAAUGUAAUGUUGUUCCUUUUUUUUCUUCCUCCCCUUGAUCUCCAUUCUUUCUACUCCGUGGUAAUAUUGGAGUAAAAACAUACAAUUUCUGUGACUAUUUCUAGACUAAAUCUGAAGCCUUUCUCUAAAUUCAUCAUA